AUGGACCCGCAAAACCCGUCCUCGGCGCAGCACGGCCAGCAGGCCCGGCAGAUGCCCGUUUACGACCUCAGCCUGGGAGGCCAUUACGGUGCCAGCGCAGCGAUCUCCUCUCAAGGCUUCGCGCCAUCCGAGCUCUACACAGGGACAUGGGCCAACGUGCAUCAGGGUCUGACCGGCCAUUACAAGGAUGUUCUUACAGCCUAUUGGCAGCACACGAUCCAACACCUUGAGAGCGACACGCACGACUACAAGAUGCAUCAAUUACCGCUGGCGCGGAUAAAGAAGGUCAUGAAGGCUGAUCCGGAAGUCAAGAUGAUUUCAGCCGAGGCCCCGAUCCUCUUCGCCAAGGGUUGCGACAUCUUCAUCACCGAGCUAACCAUGCGCGCCUGGAUACACGCCGAGGAGAACAAGCGGCGCACCCUUCAGCGGUCCGACAUCGCCUCGGCGCUCGCCAAGUCAGACAUGUUCGAUUUCCUCAUCGACAUUGUCCCCCGCGAGGAAGCGUCGUCCCACGCCAAGCGGACAACCAACCAGGCUACCGCCGCCCAACCCCCUGCCCCGCAGCCCCAGAUCCCGGGCGUUGGCGCCCCUAACCACGCCGGCCAACACCCGAUGGCCGCACCCGAUUACACCCUUGGCGGCCACAACAUGGGCCCCGAAGCCGACUAUCGCCAGCCACAGACGAUGUACCCCGGCCAAGUACAGCCGGGCGCCCCCGCGUAUGGCCAACCUCAAGCCCAGAUGUACAAUGUCGACGACAUGUACGGGUACGGGACGAUGCCUCCCCAGCAGGUAUGUUCAGAGAACCGAGAUGCUGCUUGCUUUGGUUCCAUUGUCCCUUCCUUUGCCAUUCCGCAAGCCACGUUGGAAAUAUCAAGCUAA